ACACGGCAGGUUUGGUUUAUGGUGGAAACUGGGGGUCUUCACACCACUGACCAGGUUCCCUGGAUGAGGGUGCAAGGAGCGUGGAGUCCACCGGGACAAGCCAUCUCUGACGGGCUUUUCCUUCUAGGAUUCUGUGUGAGUCUGAGGAUCUGGGCAGCUGUGGGUUUGUUCACAAAACCCGCCAUCUCAGCCCACCCAGGCCCCCUCAUGAAGGUGGGAGGGAAUGUGACCAUCCACUGUCAAUCACAGCUGUCGUUUGACAAGUUUAUCCUGCACCAGGAAAACAGCACAGGGCAUUUCCAGAGACAUGGAGAGAGGUUCACGGGCGGGCAUGCCGCAGCUGAUUUCUUCAUUGGCCCCAUGACCUCGGGGAGUGCGGGCACCUACAGAUGCUACGGCUCUCUCAGCCGCUCCCCCUAUGAGUGGUCAGCCCCCAGUGACCCCGUGGACAUCGUCAUCACAGGUCUGUCCAAGAAGCCCUCUCUCUCAGCCCAGAGGCGGGGGGCCGUGGUGAGGUCAGGAGAGAAUGUGGCCUUGCUCUGCAGCUCCGAGCGCACCUUUGACCAGUUCCAUCUGCUCAGGGAGGGGGAGAACCUUAGGCGCCUGCUCGCUGGAGGGCGGGGCCCCUGCGGUGCACUCCAGGCAGCGUUCCCUCUGGGUCCUGGGACCCCAGCCCACAGCGGGGUCUACAGGUGCUACGGCUCCUUCACUCGCUCUCCCUACGUGUGGUCAGACCCCAGCGACCCCGUGCUCCUGUCUGUCACAGGAUCCACUAAAAGUACUUGCCCAUCAACCAUGGAUCCACACACCACAGAAGAUGUUGCCAUCAUGGAAGGAGAGCCCAAGGAAGACAGAACAGUGAACAGCGCGGACCUUGUAGCAGAAAAUGUGAUAUUCGCCCACUUGAACCACAGGAGCCUCUCUGAGAGACUGUUCACUCCCACUCCUCUGAGCACCAUGCACCCCUCUGCUGAGUCCAGUAUCUAUGAGGAACUCGUUGUAACCGAAGGCCAUGCUGAGCCCUGACUUGGCCCCAUCCUUUGGGCACAGAGUGUUAUAAAUUGAAGAGCUAGAUCUCUUUUUAAAGGGCUUCCUCUGUGGACACUCCUCCUCCUCCAAAGCAGCCCAGCAGCUCUGAGGUGAACAGUGGAGUCCAAGAAUUAUCGGAUUGUCAUCAGAUGUCCCACCACCUCUUAGUAAUCCCCUGGCUAUACUAAUAUUCUAUUUUAACUAUCUAACAUUUUGGGAGAAGUUAUUCUAAUCAGUUGCACAUACUGGGUAGGUUACCAUGAUCAUCCUACUUUUUGAGAAUUCCAGUAAAGCAUUAAAAUUUGCAA